UUCCAGUUUUUUCAAAAUUAUGGCGGAUUUCUUGGAGGACUCUGAGCAAAAUGAUCGAAAUAUCUGCCAAACAGACUUCCUAGCCGAUCAAUUCGAAAAAUUUACGCACGAUUAUCGCGAGAAAACCGAACCAAAGUGUUGUGCGGAAACCGACUCGGAUCACUCGAAAUGUGAACAGGCUGAAGGAAAAUCGAAACGAGCGAAAAAGGAAAUUGUGAAUGUGACGAGAAAGCUGCAAAAAGCACUUAUUUCGUUGGAAAUGAUGCCAAACGCGUCGGACCUCCUCAUCGCCCUGCGUGACAUCAAUUCUCAGCUGCGUGACGUCAUCGUGAAGCAAAACUCGGAGUUCUCGACUUCAACGAUUCCACUGCCGGAAUAUGAUACAGUGGAUAUGCAGGCACUACUCGGAACUGAAGAAGUAGCUCCCCAAAAAUCGCUUCUCGAGCUUGUCAAAGAGGACCAACAGCGAGUUCAGACGAAUUUGGAUCGGAUUUUAGCAGAGGCGGAGAUCCUACUUCAAGAGUACGAUCACAUGAAAAAUGGACUGAAAAUUUGAAUAAAUUCCUUUUUUUUUUGUUGAUCUCUGAGUAUUUAGAAAACUGCUUUUGGGAAUUUCGAAAAGAGAUAGAUUUUCCUUAAAAUAAAAAUUGUUUUUAAUGAGAAGUAAAAAAAAAAU